AUGGCUUCCCAAAUGGAGUGCUUCAACGACUUUUGUCUGUCCUGCGACCGCCAGAUUGCCGAAAACGGCGUCUACUGCUCACAAUCAUGCCGCCUGGCCGACCUGGAGCGAGCCGGCUCCACGCAACAGGCGCCCUCGCAACUCUCGUCAUCGGCCUCGUCAUCGUCGUCAUGCAACAGCGGCUUCUACCUCGCCCCCGCAAUCAACUUCUCGGCCUACAAGGCCUCGUCGCACCCACAGGCUGCCGCCCCCUCGAGCCCCUACCACUACUACCCCACGGCCAACGGCAACUACUUUGCGCCCCCCUCGGCCACCAGGCAGUCCCCGCACCGCAGCCUGACUCCCUCUUCAUCACGAUCGUCACUCGCCUCGGCCUCUUCGCGGACCCAGUCGGGCAUCUCGCAGCAAGCCGCCACGCAGCUCAACAGCUACAUGCGCUCGUUUGACCAGACGCGAGACGUCAAGAGGCGGUACACGCAGUACUAA